AUGGAUGAUAGUGCACGCUCAUUAGAAAGUGAACUAACAGCACUUCCAGAUGUAUCAUAUUCAGCAACAUCAGAGGAUGACGCUUUUUCCACUAAUGACCUUAUAGGAAGAGAUGUAUAUCAUUCAACUGGAUCAUUAAUUAAUAAGAGUAUAAAUGAAUUGAUGCGGGGUUUAAAGCUUCCAGAAAAUCGACGAUAUUUUGAACCAACUAUUUUAGAAAAAGUGCCUGAAGAUACAUGGCUCAAUAACUAUAUUCCUGCUAGUGGAAACGUUCCAUAUGGAGAUAUACCUCAUGCGCUUGACUUUGAUGAUGCUGGACAUCAAAAGUUUAAUAAUUAUGAGGAAAGUUCUGAAUUAGACUGGGCUAAGCACAUUGAAAGAGAGCAGUUAUUUGAUAUGAUUAGGAAAUUUUUACGAAGACAUGGGCUUUCUUCAGAUUUUCUCAAGAUUCUCAGAAGAUAUAUUCAACUACUGGAAGAAAGUGACUUGGAACCUUCCGAGGAUAAAUAUAUUCUAGCAAUUAGGCAUGAAUUAGAAAAUACCUACCAACUGUCAUCUUUAAUGGACUCAAUUGUCACAGCGUUUUUACUAAAACCGGAAAAUAUGCCAAUGAAGCUAGCUUUAAUGGAGAAUAAACAUGAAACUCUUGUACUAAAAAAGUCAUUCAUCAGCUGGAGACUAAAAUGGAAAAUAAGCUCAAAUUUAGCCAAAUGUGAAUCUAUUUGGCAGUUAUAUGUGCUCAAAAACUACCUACACAGGUGGACGGAAAAAUAUCAACUAUAUACCAAUCAUUGGGCUACAGAUGCUAUAAGUGUUGAUUCUUUCCGAAUAAUAUCGCGGAACUUUGACUAUUGGUAUGAUAGAUAUGGCAUAGAACAGACAAAGAAAAAGCUUGCAGAUAACUUUCAUAUAGUUGACUAUGUUGAAAUGUUAAAAGCUAAAACUGAACAUAUUAAAUUGCUUCAAACUAGAGCUGAUGAGUUUUACGCUAAAAAGUCACUCUCACAUACUAUCCUCAUUUGGCGCCUAUAUUACAGGAAGAAGACAUCAAUUGCUGUACUUAGGGUAUACUCACAAAAAUCAGUUCUUUACAAACUAAAAAACAAGACUUCUUAUGUUAAAAAACUCGAAUCACUGAGCAGUCAAGUUGCUAUGUUCUUUCUAUUACGUCCUAUUAUUAUUAAAUGGAGGUCAAAACUAAAAAAACAUAUUAAACAUGUUCAAAGGCUUAUUGCGGAAGGAAAUAUUCAUGUUAAGAGGAACGCAUACAAAAAAUGGCGGCAAAAAUUGCAAUAUAAGGAAUGCGAGGCAUUUGCUAAAGCUGCAAUUGACGCAAACUUCAUUGCCUUUAUAUUUAGGAAGAUCUGGUGUGCCCGCUUUUCUGAAAGGGUAACAUUAUAUCAGACCGUAUCAACAAAGAACAAUGCACUUCAGCGUAAUAUCUUAUCAAAAUGGAAACUAAUGUGUGAUUUGAAGCAUAAAGCAGAUGUCACCUGUAAAAGGAAUAUACAAAGACGAACACUGAGACAGGUCUUACUAUUGGCUAAGUGUCAAAAUUAUAAAAAGGCUUACAAUAAUGAUAUCCAAAUUUCUGCUUUUAACCAUUGGAUGGCGCGAUAUCUAGAAGAAUUGAAAGUUAAGACAUUUUCUAUGAAACUUGUUCAUCGUUAUUGGGAACAUGAGUUAAAACGAAAAUUCCUAUCCUUCGAUAAUUUAAAAUAUGUUACUGCCAAAUCUUACGAUUCAAGUUUGGUGAAGCAGUUCUAUUCGUUAUGGGAAAAUAGGUAUACUACUAUAAUUGAGUUAAAUGAAAAAUCGGACCUAAUGUGUAAAUUAAGGGCAAUAAAUAAAUUAAAAACUGGUAUCAGGAAGACAGAGACUGUGAAGUAUCGCGAAUCUCUUUUUUACAGCGUCUCAUCUGUAAUUAACCUUAAGAAGUACCUGGAUUUAUGGCGCAGGAAUACAUUAAUGCAAAAAGAGUUGAAGCUUGAAGUUAUGCUUGAUUCUUUUCGCCAAGAAAGUGACGAGACUGUUUUAAGAGGGUAUAUGUCCAUUUGGUUAUCUCGGCUGGAUUUUUAUUCCCAGCAAUGCACGGUUAUUGCAUAUGAAGUUUCCAGGCGGCAUUCAUGCAAGCUAUUUAUAUCGCGGUUAAUUGAUAAGUUAGAAAUGCACAAACAAUGGGAAAAGCAGGCGGAUAGUUUGAAAACUUCGAUGAUUUUAUUAAGCACGUUCAUGUCAUGGUCCGAAAGAGUAGAUAAAAUCGAAACACUAGUAAGCCUAGUGCAACAAUAUAAAGAGGAAAAAGAUGUUAAUUUGAUUGUUCAAUGCCUAAGCAAGUGGAAUAUGAAGACUCUCAAAUUUAGGCGGAACGAAGAGACAGGUGAAAUGUUUAGAAAUCGUUGGAAUCGUGCAUUACUGCGUUACAUUAUAACAUUAUGGAAGGAUAAGACAGAACUGAUGUCGGAGCUCAGCUCUGAUCGUUAUUAUAGAGUAGAUAACGAUAUUUCGCCCAAUUUCAUGACUCCAUUAAAGAUAGAUACUAAAGUUGUGAUUCCAGGAUCAGCUCGUGUAAAGAAGAAUAAAAUGCAGAAGAUAAAGGAUAGAUACAAAGGGGCACGUCGUGCAAUACCGAGCCCGAUAAAGUCAUCAACAGUUUUAGAUUCGUCUAGAAAGAAAUUAUCUGAAAAUGAGGUUGCAGAGCCACUGAAGGGAACAAUGUCGAAUUCACCAGAUCUUCCGAAACUGCAACUUGAAAGGGGAUUCAAAAAAUCAAGCACGAAACGUAUUGAUUUUUCCAGGGUUCCCGAGUUAGAUCCAUUCUCAUUUCCUGAUUCUACCAGUCGUCGUUCAUCAUUUACUAUCGAUAGAUCUACAAUCUCAGAUGACACAUAUGUUUUAGAUGAGUCCCCUACUAAGAUUAAAAACCGGAUUAUACAGAUGGACUAA